AACAAAAAAUCAGAAUCUCUCUUCAACCUUUUCUCAUGACUCUUUUGAUUAGUUCUUUAUAUAUAUAAAAUACAUUGACCUACUACUUCCUCCAAUUACCUUGCCUUAUAAGCACUCCUUCCUUAGUCCUAUACUUCUUUGUUUCUCCUUAUUUUUUUGGUUACGUCUUCUCUUUGUUUCUUCUCUGUGAACACGCCUUUGCUCCAUACAAUUGACCAAUUCUGGCAUGCUUGAUUAAUGUCCAGAGACAGGGAGAGAUUGGAUGAGAUAGCAAAAAAGAUCAAAAGAGAGACAGAUGCAACUUCUCAAAUGGGUAGGAGGCAUUUACUUGGUCCUUCUGGGACCUUGAACACUAUCACACCUUGUGCUGCAUGUAAGCUUUUGAGAAGAAGGUGUGCUGAAGAAUGCCCUUUCUCCCCAUAUUUCUCUCCACAUGAACCCCACAAAUUUGCAGCUGUUCACAAAGUUUUUGGUGCAAGCAACGUCUCCAAGAUGUUAAUGGAGGUGCCAGAGAGCCAAAGAGCUGAUGCAGCAAAUAGUCUGGUUUAUGAAGCAAACUUGAGGCUGAGAGACCCAGUGUACGGGUGCAUGGGUGCAAUUUCUGCUUUGCAACAACAAAUACAUUCUUUACAAGCAGAACUUAAUUCAGUAAGGACUGAGAUAUUGAAAUACAAAUAUAGAGAAGCAACUAGUAACAUCAUUUCUUCAAGUCCUGCUGAUUUAGUUCCUUUUGGGGCUGUUUCCAUUGCUGCACCACAACGAACUCUUCGGCCUCCACCGCCGACACCUCCUCCUCCUCCACCACCACCUCCACCAGUCUUUUCAUCUCCACCUAUUGUUGUCACUUCUUUGUCUUCUUCGUCUUCUACUUCUUUCUAUAUACCACCAACAAGCACAACUAGUUACAGCUCCAUUUUGAGUGGUAAUGUCUCAUAUUUUAACUGAACUCAUAGAAUUUAGUCCUUAUUUCUUCUUUUUUGGAAGAAUAAUCAUGUUUAGUAGAUUAGAAUGACCAUUUGAUAUAUUAGGAUUGAUCUAUUUGUUUUUCUCUUAUUAUUCCUUAUGAUUGAGAAGUUAUUGAAAAAUGUAAAGAAAACUUGGAGUCUAUAAUUGUCACUCCAAUCCCCACCAUACCCGUUAUGCGAUUCUUUUUCAGUUCUUCCUUUCUUGU